CUGUAAAAGCAAGGACCAUUUUUUCACUCCAGUGAGUGGAGUUUUAGAACUUUGCUUCACAAAGGAGGAUGUUGUCCCUGAGGCUUAUGGCCCCUGGAAUAUUGUUCUGCAUCUUUAAAGAGGAGUUCUUCCUUCAGUGAUAAAUGAGUAGUCAUCUCUAUCUGACAGUGCCUGAAAAAUUUUUAAGGGCAAUGAGAAGGAAUACAAAAAGAAACAGCAAAUCUUCUGUUAUCCAUUUAUGCCUUUACACACUGCCAAAGGCAUGAAUCAGUUUUCAAAACUAGUUCCUACUUCUGCCUAUAUUACACUCAUUCUUCUCCCCUUAGCCUAAAUGGUAUACUUUAUGGCUGAAGCUGAUAAUGUUUUUAUUCAAUACUGAGGAGCAAAGAUCAAAUUCGUUACUGCUGUUUCGGAGUUUUCAGUUCUCAGGCAGGCGCAACUGGAACGCAGCAAAAGACUUGCAAAGAUACAGACACUGUUACCCGGAUUUGGUAGAAUCGGAAAAUGAGGAGGAAGAAGAGAUGUGGAACUUAAGCUUUUAUAAAAAUGAGAUUUGUUUUUUGCCCCAGGGCUUGCAUAUUGAAACUCUGCUUGAGUCUUGGUGGGACAACUAUGAAGUUCUGGAAGAAAACCAUUCUUACAUACAGUGGCUAUUUCCUUUACGUGAACAUGGGAUGAACUGGCGUGCCAAACCACUCACGUGUCAAGAAAUCCAGGCCUUUAAGAAGUCCAGGGAAGUUAUGGAAAGGUUUAUACGUGCUUAUCAGCUCAUGCUGAGAUUUUAUGGAAUCAUUCUGAUCGACGAGAAAACUGGAGAACUUAAGAGAGCAGAAAAUUGGGCUGAACGAUUUCAAAACUUGAACCGGUUCAGCCACAACAAUUUGCGGAUUACUCGCAUCCUGAAGUGCCUGGGGGAGAUGGGUUAUGAACACUAUCAAGUGCACUUGGUAAAGUUUUUCCUAACAGAAACUCUUGUUAAGGAGACAUUACCAAAUGUCAGGAGAAGUGCCUUGGAUUACUUCCUGUUCACCAUCAGAAGCAAAGAGAAGAGAAGGGAACUCGUCCACUACGCUUGGCAACACUUCAAACCUCGAGGCAGCUUCGUGUGGGGGCCGCAUGACAAACUCUUGAAGUACAGACCCCGCUCUGCUAAGUCACAGCUGCACCAAAAGGCUGAAGAUAAACAGGAAACUCCUGGUAAAAAGUGUUGUGAUCCUGGGGAAAAGGAUCAGAACCCGUCUCUAGAGGAAGAACAGAAAGCUGGAGAUGCCUCAGACUUGCAGCCUAAAGUGAACGAUGAAGAUGUGAAAGAGAAGAUAAAUGAAUGUGUUUUGAAGGGAGGAGAUGGUGAAGAGGAGAAAGAGGCUUCACUUACCCAGCAGGAGGAAAAGAAUUUAAACAGUGAGGCUGAAGAAGUGCAGAGUACAGCAGAGAAUGAUUGCAUAAAGGAGAGCAAGAAGAGAAAACUGGAUGCAAAUAUGGCAGAUGCUAAAAAGAGCGGGCUAUUGAAUGGCCCUACUGAUAUUGAAAACAUUUCCCGUAAUCUGGGAGAAUGUGCAAUUGAUGCAGAAAUCCACUCCUCACUUUCACUCUCACAAGCAGAAGAGGACCAGGAAACACUGAAAGAAGACAGUUCAAGCACCAAAGACUCAACAGUGCCGGAGACAGCUGAUGCAGCUGUAAAACGGAGGAAAGUUGAUAAAAAAUCAUCAAGAAGCAGAACAUUCAACUUGGCCAUAAACCUGAACGUGGGGCCCUCUGCCUCUACUGCCAAGUUAAAUCCAUCUGUUGCAAACACUGAGGCUGAAAAUGAAAAUGUCAGUGAGAAAAACACAGCUGUGGAAUUGACAAAUGAGAAGAGGGGUGGUGAUGCAAACGGUGGGGCUGUGAGACCCCCGGUUGGUUCCGGGCUCCCCAAAACUGGCUGGACUUCUCCAGUAAGUGAUGGCUUGGAGUCAAGUGGAGAUCAAAUCACAGCAAGGAGUGACCAGCACCACUGCAACAGCAUGCUCCUGGAAGGCAAAAGUGAGAUAGAUGGGGUAGAACACCAUGAAAAAGCAGAAGUUGCAAUUGAAAAAGGGCAAACAGAAGUCACAGGCAAGAAACAAGUUCCAGAGAGUCUCAAGCAGAGUGUGGCAUCCGCUUGUCCUGCAGAAGAAAGUGUUGAGGUUGCAACACAAAAACCUGAAACCUCUGAGCGUGCAGCAGAACCUGAUGAAGAGCAGGUAGCAGCAGAGUGAGACCAGCACAGCAUGUACCCAAGAAAGUGGAGAUGACACUGCCCUAUCUGCUAGGAGCUGGCUUUAGUGAUUUGGAGAGCAGAAGUACAUGGAAGAAUAAACUUCCUUUGGGCUGAUCCAGGCUAGCCUCUGUCUUUUACUCUUCCACACCUUUUUAAUCAUCUGUAGUAACUUCACUGAGAUCCAGCCUUUGGUUACUCUAAAGAGGAAAACUUAAUUUAGUCAUCUUCACAGACAGGCUGUGUCUUCUUCCUGUUUUUUAUCUGAUGUUCAGGACUGUAUUGGAGCAACAGGGAUUUUUGCACUUUGCUUUGAUUCUGGUAUGUCACUUCUUAAAGAGAAGAGGAAAACUGAUCUGUUUCCUUGUUUGGACUAGUCAAGUAUUUAUUAAAUACCUGAUUUUUAAUGUAAGACAGCAUGACCUAAUUUGCCAGGCCUUUCUAUUACCAUGUAACUUCUAUUUGUUAUUUUGAAGGGCUGUACCUUACCAGGAGAUUCAUUCCUGGCGAAGGUGCUGUUUGCCUGAAAGAGAGGAGUGUGUUCAUUUUAUAUCAUAUAAGAGUGUCGUUGCCUCUUCCACAAAGAAAAUAGGUUUGACUUCAGACUGGGAUAAAAUGCAUAGUCAAAACAUCACUGACCAGUAUUAACCUUUGUGUAUACCUCUAGGGUGCAAAGUGCUGAGUAAUUUUUCCCUUUUAUACCCCUCAGAAGUUGUUUUGUAGUGCUGCUUAGAAUUGUUGAGAAUGUGAAUUUUCUGCCAGUUUCUAAGAGGAAAAACCUUCAGACUUUGCAUAAAGCACUAUAGAGCUCUUCUUCCCCAGAUUUUUCCACCACUUUCAGACCCCUGGUAGUCUUGCACAUAUAUUUAUGUCCGCAACUUGUUGAAAGGCCUUCCUUCCUCAGUUGCCAAAAUAGGACAAAUAUUUAUUAUUGCAGGUUUUUUUUUUUUUUAGACUGAUCUUAAUUUGCAGUGGCCUGUGGGGCUUCCUUUUCUGCAGGACCAUUGCAUGAAUUUAGGUGUGUCAAAUCUAACCCACUUCCUAGUUAGGGCAAGAUUGUUUUACCGUUAAUGAUCAGCAUGUCAGACAGUGAGGUCAUGUUCAAGUGCAGCAUGUCUGGAAACCACUGGGCUUUGUGGGGCAGUUAAUUGAAAGUUUAAUUGGAAGGGGUAUGCUUGUCUGGUGCAUUUACUUACAGCUCUCAAGAUUUUACUUUCAGACCUUGCCAGCUAUUUGCCUGCCUUAAUGUUCCUGACCUCCCUGUUAGCUAUUCUGCCUGACUUACACAGUAUUCAACCGACUCUGAAGGAACAUUAAACAAUUUAGCACUUUGCUCCUAGAGAUUUAUAACAGAGGAUCUGUUUCAUGAAGCAGAGGAAACUUUCUAACAGCCAGAAGGUCUGGACUUGCUAUUUGUUCAGAUUGUUUGUUUUAGUUUUGGGGUUUUUAGGUGCUGUUUGUUUUGUGUAGAUGGCGGCCAGAGGCUUGCCUGCCUUGCCAGAGAGCAGAUGCAGUAGCCCGUGCAAUGUUAAUGUUUUUCCUCUCUCUGCUACAGCUCUUAAAAAGCUUCAUCUUUCAAGGAAUUUGAUCAGUGACUUGCCUUCCCAGACUGUAGGUCCUGAUCCAGCAUGCCACAUACAUGUGUGUGGGAAUAAAAGUCUGCAAGCUUAACAUCAAAUGUUCAUGGUCACACGCAUGCUGGAAAAAGGCUUUAAUGUUUUUAAAAUUACUUUUUUUUUUUUCUUCUUAUGAACAAAUGGAGUUAAAUAGCCAAUAAGAAUACACUUAAUUACAGGUAUGAAUACUUUAAGAUGGUGAGUGAAGAUUCUUUCAUAAAAGAUUCAUAAGAAAUUGUUAAUUGUGGCUUUUGUACAGAUUUAUAGUAUUUUUUUUUAUUUAAUGAAGAUUUCAUUGUGAAUAUGUGCUCACUUGGGGGCGUAAAUCAUAUAUCUUGUUAUGGUGAUGUGUGGUUUGGUUUUGUGUUUGAUGGGAUUUCACUGUGAGCCCUAGUCUGGAGUGCUCAGACCAAACCAUUCCCCGUUGUGAAAAUGUUUAGUUUCGGCCAUAGGUGUCUGCAGUGAGUUCACAAGACGUUUUCCAGCGCUCAGAGCUGUAUCACAGAGUCUGUUUCAUUAAUGUCACCUAUUAAAGCAUGACUUUAAUGCA